GAACAGCAGAGCAACAAAUCCAUCCAGAAAGAGCGUCUUGGACCUGUGGUUUUCCAUACAGCGCAGGGCUUUCGGUUUCCUCUAUCGCUUUUUCUUUUCCUUUACAGAUUCCUCUGUUCCUCGAUCCGCAACUAAGGUGCAGAUUCUUAUACUAGUUUAAAUCCCCUGCCCCCUUUUUGUUUCAGGAGAACCAUGAGUGACGAGUGUGAGAAGAUAUGUCCUCUCUGCACUGAGGAGAUGGACUUGACAGAUCAGCAGUUGAAGCCUUGCAAAUGUGGUUAUGAGAUUUGUGUAUGGUGCUGGCAUCACAUAAUGGACAUGGCUGAGAAAGAUGAGACAGAAGGGCGGUGCCCAGCAUGCCGCACAGCUUAUGACAAAGAAAAAAUUGUAGGAAUGGCCGCCAACUGUGAAAGGUUGGUGGCUGAAAUCAGUUCGGAGAGGAAAUUGAAGUCACAUAAGGCAAAGCCUAAAACUUCUGAGGGAAGGAAGCACCUUAGCAGUGUUAGAGUAAUCCAGCGGAACUUGGUUUACAUAAUUGGGAUACCUUCUAAUUUAGCAGAUGAAGAUCUUCUUCAACACAAGGAAUAUUUUGGGCAAUAUGGGAAGGUUUUAAAGGUGUCUAUUUCUAGGACAGCAGGGGGUGUUAUUCAGCAUUCUGCAAACAACACUUGUAGUGUAUAUAUUACUUACUCAAAAGAGGAGGAAGCAGUUCGAUGUAUUCAAUCAGUACAUGGUUUUGCCUUGGAAGGUAGAUCAUUGAGAGCAUGCUUUGGAACCACAAAAUACUGUCAUGCAUGGUUGAGAAAUGUGCCUUGCACCAAUCCAGAUUGUUUAUAUUUGCAUGACAUUGGUUCACAAGAAGAUAGUUUCACAAAGGAUGAGAUAAUCUCUGCAUAUACAAGGAGUAGAGUUCAACAAAUUACGGGUGCCACAUAUAAUUUGCAAAGGCGUUCAGGGAAUGUAUUGCCUCCCCCAGCAGAUGACUACUGUAAUAGCAGCGCUACUUCUUCUAGCAAACCUAUCAUCAAAAGUGCCCCCAUCAAUCCUGUAAGCCAGGUCAAAGGUUCUCCUCCUAAUAGUAGCUCUGGAAGAUCUAUAGCACUUCCUGCAGCAGCAUCGUGGGGUAUGCGGUCUUCAAAUUGUCAGUCUCCGGCUCCAAGUUUGGUGUCUUCUAAUGGGUCUGUUAAACAAGAACAAGAAUUUGAUGCAUUUAAUGGUUCAAUGCUGUUUCCCUUGGUGGUUACAGACACAACUCAAUCUUCUACAUUGCAUAAUGAUCUAGGAAAGAAAUCCAUGGUAACAGAAGAAAGUCAUUCAACACAUCCUAUUGGUAGAUCAGGAUCGCUGGUCUCUUCUAAACAAUAUGUUCUUACAGAUAGUUGUAGGCCUGUAUCAGAUACACUUGCAGAUGGCCAAGAGGCAGCUUCAUCUACUUACAGCAGCCGCUUGUCUCCAUCCGCAUUUAAGGAUAAAGACAAGGUCAUUACCGUGCUACCUAAUGUGCUAAACUCGGUAGGCCUUGACAGACAGUCUUGUAACUCUACUCCGGCUAAGGACGGAAAUAUAGCUAGUAGUGCAAGCAUUCCGAGUUUAUGCUCGAGGUUGUCGUCUUUGAACAUUGAAAGCCAACCUGGUUUUGAGCUUCCUGACUCCAUAAGACCUAAUAGCUCAGUUUCAAACCAUGUUGAAUUCAGAUCAUCUGGAAGUCAAGGUUCACAACAUCAUUCUGAUCAAUAUAGAGAACCUUCACCCUUGCAGCCCUCAAGGAAAGUUUCCGCAUUGUUUGAUGGUCAGUCUGGUUUAGGUGAACAACCUAAUUGGAGAUUAGAUUCACCUGCACAAGUUUUCCAAGAUGUAGGCAGUGAAGUGGAGGACUUAAAAGCUUUGGAUAGUCGAAGACUGAAAGUUUCCGAAGAAAUCAGUUGUCCAUCGUAUCGGCCUUCGCAUAAUUCACCCAUGAUCACAAAUCAUUAUAGCAGAACUUCUUGGCAACAGAGUGAAACAUGCAGAAAUAGCAAACCUGACAAUGCAGAUACAAUGUCCGAAGCCAUAACUUGUUCAUCACAUCUGCCUUCUUUGCAUAAUCCCAAGAUCACAAAUCAUUAUAGCAGACCUUCUUGGCAGCAGAGUGAAACAUGCAGAAAUAGCAAUCCUGACAAUGCAGAUACUAAAAUUGUAAAUACAAAACUAGAUGGAUUCUCUAUUCCAUUUAAAUCUGGUGAUUCAGUAUUAUUAAAUGGAUAUAAUGUGAACGAAAUUGGCGGCCCCAUUGAUGUUAAUGCGACUUGUGAAUAUUCCAAUGUGUUCUCAAGUGUAGAGAAAGGAGAAUUUUUGGGCAGAAACAACAAUGGUGUAGUCAGUGUUGAAAAGAACGCAGCUUUGGAUAUGGGGGAGGACAGCAUCAUUUCAGAUAUCUUGUCAAUGGACUUUGAUUCCUCGGAUGACUCAUUGACCUUGCCACACAAUUUAGCUAAAUUGUUGAAUGAAACUGAUAAACAACAUCGUUCUCUUAAAACAUCAAGGUCAUGGAAAGCACAGAACAGCAAUCAAUCAAGGUUCUCAUUUGCAAGACAGGAUGAUUUUGUUAAUGAUGGAUCAGUCUUGGAGCCCUCUUUCAAUAGAAUUGGGUAUAUGCCAAAGAAUUUUUCUGUCCCCCAAGAUUCUUAUGAAAACAGAGAUCAUUUCUAUGACAAGCUUCGGAAUGGUUUUUCAUCUGGCAUGUUUGAGGAAUCUGAUAAUUAUUUCAGCAACCAUUUACCUGUCUCUUCUAAUAAGCUUCCUGUUCCUAGAGCUCAAAUUUCAGUACCACCAGGAUUUGCAGUUCCAAGCAGGGCCCCACCUCCUGGUUUUUCUUCUCAAGAGAGAAUGGACCAGUAUUUUGAAGCUACUUCUGGGAAUCAUUUGCUUGAAAGUUCGUCUCUGAGAAAUCAGUACCAGGCACCACCAACUGGAAACAUUGGCAGCAUUGGCGAUGUUGAGUUUAUUGAUCCUGCAAUAUUGGCUGUUGGCAAGGGUAGGCUGCCGAACGGGAUAAAUAGUUCAGGAUUAGAUGUAAGAUCAGGUUUUGCACCACAGCAUACUCCUGGAAAUGAUGCAAGGCUUCAGCUGUUGAUGCAACCAUCCAUCUCCACUCACCAGAACCUCAGAUUUGCUGAACAUAUUGGGGACAGAUUUUCCUUGACUGAUCCUUAUAGUAUUCCUUCUAGGAUUUUGGAACAAUCACAAGCUAGCAACCUGAGUCCUUUUGCACAGUUGUCGCUCCAACAAUCCAGGAGUGCACACUUUCAAAAUGGCCACUGGGAUGGUUGGAAUGAGGUACCGGCUGGUAAUGAACUGGGUAUGGCAGAGAUUCUGAGAAACGAGAGACUAGGAUUCAACAAAUUUCUUCCUGGUUAUGAGGAUUUGAAGUUCAGAAUGCCUAGUGGUGACUUGUACAACAGAGCUUUUGGGAUGUAAACAUUAUUCGAGAUGAAAUUUUCCUUUCGCUGGCUUGACAUUCCUUUAGAUGGAGCAGCAGGUGACCUUGUGCCUAAUAACAAUCUAUGCUCUGGAGUUGACAUACCUGAUUACAUUGGGCAGUUAGUUCUCUGUUAGAGGAGGCUUGAAGAAGAAUUGAUUGAGCUCUCCUAGAUCUUGGUUGCAGAACGUUGAUCACUUGGGUUUGUAGAUUUCAGCAGGUGAGUAACACUUUUUAUAUCCUUAGUAUCUUCAUUCAUAUGAAAUUUGGGGCAUGCAUGGGAUCAGGAUUCAGGACUGUGUUUUAUGAAGGAACUACUGGGCCAAAAAUCAGAAAGGUUUGGUUGAUUGCAACUGUUUAUUUUUACCUUGUUCAUUUAGAUUGCAAACUGUCAUUGCAUGAAA